AUGGCCUCAGAUCCGCCCGAAGAGGCGCUGCACUUCCGGGGCAAGACGCUCACGCCUGAGAGCCCGCGGCCACUGCAUAUCGCGGAGCCGUCGAAUAUACCCCUCCUGCAGAACCAGAUGGACGCCUCCUACCAUGACACCUCCGCCCUCGAGACUGUCCCGGAGGUCAAGGAACACACGUUGAACCCGGUGCUUGUUGAGCAGGGCCUACAGCGGCCGGCGGUGGGCGACCAGGUGGUGGACCAUACGUACUCGCUGCUGCAGAGCGGGCUGCAGCAGAUGAACGCGAGUGCCGCUGGUGGCGUUGCCGGAAUCACAGGUAGUCUCCCUGAAUCUAAUGCAAAUACAGAGGGCAUGCCGUCAGGAAAUGAAAUGAUACUCGCUUCUUCUACUCAAGACGAGGUUUUGACACAUUCACUUUCAUCUCCAGUGCCUGAUCCCAAUGUCAUCCAAGAGCCAGACCGGCAGCACCCUCAAACCCACCCUGAUACCGCUGCCCUUACCCAUAUCGCGGAGACGGUAGAGAAUAAUAACAUAACAGCCCAUCUAGCUCGUCUAUAUCCAGCCGCUCCGGUUGCUGCUUCGUAUACUUACCAGCACCAGCAGCAGCCGCCACCGAUGCACUCUGGAGCUGCUACUGGCUACCCCUUGGCUUCGGCUGAGAAUUCAGGUGAUAUGAACUCAGAUAUCUCUCAGUCUUGUCUUUUCGGCACAGCUGCUGCCUAUCAUAGCAUGCUUGGUAGCACUGUACCUUCGUCUACAUCAUGUAUCACUACCGCUGCCACUACUACUGCCGCAGCUGCUACUAUGUCUACGUCUGCAGCUCAUGCUACAGUGCCCAUCAACCAGACAGCUCAUACCCUCGGCGGCAUUGCCAUUCCCAACAUGCCCAUAUCUUAUCCAUCUACGCAUCCUCUUCACUCACUUGCUGCUGCCCAUGAAAGUGAGCCCAUCCAACCAAGUCAUCCAGACAAAGGCCCUGAUGCCUCCCCAUCUAAAGAAACCUUUCAAAGUGAUAAAAGUAAUAUUCUGCCUCAGAGUGGGCAUUCGGCUGCCAUGGAUGCAUCGGCCGGCCUAUCUACAUCCCUUCCCAGUCCUAAGCAAGCACCGACAAAGUCCCAUGCCAGGAAAGUAUCCGCUACCUCACGGAAACGUGAUAGCUAUGAUGAUAAUAAAGAGUCUACAAAGGGUGACCAGCAAGAUGAUACCCCCUGGGGGCCUGAGAUUCAGAAAAAGUAUGACGAUUUUCUCCGAGAUGAACGCAUAUAUGUCACCGAGGCGCAUUGGGAUAGGUUUCCCGCCGGUUCCCGUCUGUUUAUUGGCAAUCUGCCGACUGAACGAGUGACCAAACGGGAUCUCUUCCAUAUAUUUCAUAUGCAUGGAAAACUAGCUCAGAUAUCAAUCAAGCAAGCAUACGGCUUCAUUCAGUUUCUUGAACCUGACUCGUGCCGCAAAGCACUACAGGCUCAGCAGGGUUCUACUAUCAGAGGCCGAAAGAUCCACCUAGAAAUAUCCAAGCCUCAGCGUGGUGCUCGAAACUCUGGCCCAACAGAAAGCAGUGGACGUACCCAGAGAAGAUCAAGGUCACCAGAAUAUGAAAGAAAUAGAGAACCACCACCCCGAGCUGGUCGUGCAGCCGCCGAUCGCUAUGAGAGGGGCCCAGGUAGACUAGCAAUCAGUGAUUUCAGGGAAAAGGACUCCCACCGGUAUCGUGAUAGAAGCUCACGAUCCCCUUCACCGAGGGGACCCCGUCGAGACUCGUAUCACUCCCGAGAACGCAGCUUUGACAGAUACGAUCGUCGAGAGAGGCGGCGAUCGAGGUCACGAUCACCUCGACCUCGAAAUACACGCUACCGUAGCCCCAGCCCAAGAGACAAAGGGUAUGACAGUGAAUCUGACCUGCCAAUCCCAAGAAGGGAUCCACGUAACGUUCCUGAAGUCCAGGUUAUUGUCCUGGAAAAUGCAGACAAUGAUUUUGUGUACCGAGUUGAGAAUGCUUUUCGGGAUCGUGGCCUUAGAUGCGACGUUUUGAUUCUAAGCCCUCGCAUUCGAUUGUCUGCUGUUGUUCGGCGGCAGGUAAUGGAAGGUGUCCUUGCCAUUGUCCGCAUCUCUAGAGCAAAUCAAUACUCAGGGAAGAUCCCGUUGCAGAUAUUCGAUCGAUCCGGUGGGAUGGGCAACGUACGGUUCAACGAAUAUUCUGAGCUUGAUCUCAGCCUCGCAGCCGAAGUCGUUGUGCAUGCACGUAAUUCCCAGAAACCAAAUCCGAUACAACUACAGCCGCAGCUACUACCUGUAGCCUUGCCUUCUCAACCUAUACAGCAGCCGGUACCAGCUCAAUCGGAACAAGCUGCGAUUGCCAGCCUGCUAUCAAACCUUGACAGUUCCACGCUCCAUACGCUACUUAAUUCCCUGAACCAGCAGCAACAGUUGCAAGUCCAGCAAGCACAGCAGCAGCAACAGCAGCAAGCCCGCCAGUUUCACCCCCAACCAGUACCUACCACCGCGCCACCGUUAAAUCCAACGAAUCUUGCAGCACUCUUGGGUAACUUGACGCGUCCGGGUAACGCUAACCCACCAUCUAUUCCCACUACAACAUCUCAAGGCAACCAGUUUGCGCCUCAUCCUAAUACAAUCUCACAUUCCAACAUAAACCUAGCUUCCCUUCUACCAAAAGGCCUUGAUCCAGGACAGAACGGCCAGCCCCCCCAGCCACAAGCCAACAUGCAAGUACAACACAUCAUGGAGCAGCUAAUGAAAUGGAAACAAUAA